GGGAGUCUGACAUCCACAACAGUCCUGCCUGCUGUGUAGAAAUAUACAGGCUGCUGUAACGCAUCGAAAUUUGGCAAAUGCGAUUUUAGAAAAUGAUGUGCUAAAAUUUGUUAAGUCUACUUUUUUUUCUUCCGGUGAUGAAGGGAAUAGAGCAGAGAUAAUUGAACAGCAUAUCGCCAUAGCAUUUUUUCCUCACUCAUAUCGGAUUAGAAUAUGGGGUUACCUAAUCUCUGGUAAUCUGAACUAAAUCUAUCUAAUUGUGGUAGAAAACUACACUCCCGCUGUUCUGGCGCACCAUCAGAGACGCUUUGCGCAUCAGUGGGUCUUUUUGGACACCGCGCCGCCAAAAGGAGAUUAUCAACUGAUCAUAAAGACAUUAAGAGAGGAUAUCUGCACCAAAUUCUCUUAAGAGUGAAACUGAAUUUCGGAGCGCGCAUUAGGCUAAUUGGAAUCUGGAGACCAACGGUUGCAUUAAAACGCGCAGCAGCCGCCUUUCCAGAGAUUAAGAACAUUUUACAUAUUUUUCAUGUUUAAAUUUUUUUGGGCCAUGGAUAUUUUUCUACCGCUUUAUGAUGGCGUUGAUAUGAUAUGUGUGAGAGUUCGGACCGGGGUGUCUUACCUCUAAGCAUGUUCUGGGAGUAAUGUUUUUAUGCGCGCCAUCCAAUGGCAGCAAUUAUUCCACACCACAGCGCCAGCGCGUCAUCAUCAGUUCACAUCUACGAAACGAGUUUUAUUAAAUGAGGACAUGUGAGGGGAUCUGAGAGUGAGAAAGGCAGAUUGGAGAUUAGAUAGGCUACAUGUUAGAAAUACUAGAGGCGAGCAAGACGUGUGAUUAGUAAUUUUAUCAAGUGGACAAGAACAGACUGAUGCUGGACUGUGCACUGUCUGGAAGUGUGUCGCUUUUUUAAAAGACACAUGCGACACGAUUUUUAAAAAGUAUCAUUGCAAUUGAAUUCGGAAUCGUUUGCGUGUGACUGUGAAUGAACUUGCAUUUGCCAGCCUAUUCCGUGAAGACUGGAAGAUUUAAUAAUUUACGGUAAUCACACAUCAUCGCUUGUCUGUGCUGUCUGCACAAUCCUGUUGAUUUUACAAUUCUUGUCUAUGUUUUGGCGGAUUCUUUCGACGGCUCUCUGCAUCUCUAUUCUCGUUAUAUGAUAUAUCAUCUGUUGCUGCAGCCGGAUUAACAAACAUUGAUAACAUGCAUUUGGAUUGACUCUAGUUGCUGGAGAUGUAGGCAAUCGACAAUUCAUAAUUUCCCAAAUGUAACAUGUUUGAUUUCAGGUAAAAUGGGAGAACGAUUAUUGUUACUAUUAUUGCUACUCUUAUCGUUACAUGCGGGUUGUGAUAGCCUACUGCAGACGAGCCAUUCAAAAUCGUCCAUCUCCACAGCAGCCGGCUUGUCUGAGAUUUGAUCGUUACCUUAUAUCCGCGUCACGAGACGGAUUUCGGCUUGAAGUAGGCCUAGUAUUGGAGACAAUACGGGAAUUGUGGAGGUAUUGUAUUUCUUUCUAACCGGGUUAUUCCUUCACAACUGAGGAUAAAUGUUGAUGAUGGAGGACGACGAAUUGGUUCAUCAGGUUGAUAUCGAUUCGGAUUUCGAGCCGCAAAGCCGGGCUCGCUCGUGCACUUGGCCACUGCCUUGUCCGGAGGAUUUCCCCGAAGUACAGGAGGUCAAUGGGUGUCUUCCACUAACCACCAUCAAGGUGGAACCAGAUGACAAUCUAGCCGUUUCAGCGUGCAGAGCGGGGAGAAUGGGUGGCACGCCGACGGAGCUGAAGCAUCCAGCAGUCGCCCCGGCUCCCAUCGGCGCGUCGCACCCAUGCUUGGCCGGCGCGGCACUUGAUGUGACUGGACAAUUGCGCAAAGCCAAAUCCUCGCGGCGGAACGCAUGGGGUAACCAGUCGUACGCGGACCUUAUCACACGAGCCAUUGAAAGCACCCCUGAAAAAAGACUCACGCUAUCACAGGUCUACGAUUGGAUGGUCCGCUAUGUUCCCUAUUUCAAGGAUAAGGGCGACAGUAAUAGUUCAGCUGGAUGGAAGAACUCCAUCCGACACAACCUGUCCCUCCACACGCGCUUCAUCCGGGUGCAGAACGAGGGCACGGGCAAGUCCUCCUGGUGGAUGCUCAACCCUGAGGGGGGCAAGAUGGGCAAGGCCCCUCGCCGGCGUACCGUGUCCAUGGACAACAGCACCAAGUACCUGAAGAGCAAGGGCCGGGUCAGCCGCAAGAGGGUGGGCAGGCCGGGGAUUAGUUCUGGGGCUCCAGUGGGGCUCCAGGCUUCCCCUGAGCAGGGUAGCCCACUGGGGAAGGUUCUCCCAUGCAACGUAGGGGGAGCUGGGGGUGUGGAGGGAGAGUUUGACGCCUGGACGGAGCUCCACUCCCGGGCUAGUUCGUCCACUUCGACCCUGAGCGGGCGUCUGUCGCCUAUUCUGGCCGAGGGCGAGCUGGAAGAGUCAGAGGAAGGCGGGCUGUCCUGCUCGGCCUCUCCCCACCUCUACCCCUCCCCCUCCUCCAGCGCCCGCUCCCCGGCCAUGGGGGCCGCGGGAGGCCACUGUCCACCCGUGGAGCAGCUGCCCCAGCUGGCUAAUCUCACGGGGCGAUCAGCCUGGAGGAGAGGCUCCUGGAGAAGGCUACCACCAUCAUCAUCCUCACCGCGGCGGCGCACCACAAACUCCCCCGGUCUAUCAUUACAACCCUGGGGUUAAAGGUCAGGGUCGAACUGCGGCGCGGUCUACAGCCAGGCUGGGAUGGGCAUGCUGCGCCACCACUCGCCCAUGCAGACCAUCCAGGAGAAUAAGCCUGCUAGCUUCUCCGGCACCAUGCGGGCCUACUCAGGGACCAACGCCCUGCAGAGCCUGCUGACAGGGGGCCCAGGGGUUCCAGGGGGCCCCGGAGGGCCACAGCAGUACUGUGCCAAGGACAUGAUACUGGGCCAGGAGAGGGAUGCCCACCCCAUGAUGGGGCCCUCCACGAACGGAGUGAGCUCCACCCGUCACAACCAUCACCCUGGACACAACGGACAUGCAGCACACAGUCACCAUGGCACUCACACAAACCACAACUCGGCUCACGGCCACAACGGAACUCAGAGCCAUAACCACAACCCUGUGACCAACCACAACAACCAUAACCACAACCACAACCACAACUCUCCUCAUCUUGGCCACAACCUCAGUCAGAACCACAGCAACCACACAACACACACACCGACUCGAGCCCCAGCCCUGGCCCCACGCAUCAGCAGUGGACACCUCCAGCCCUAUAGCCACAAAGCCCCCUAUCUGUACAGCCCCCCUUCCCACGCCCACCUCCCCGCUUCCACCACCCUGCCACCCAACCCGGCCAGCAUGCUGGGGAUGCCCCAGGACUCCUGCCACCUGGCCACCGCACCCCACCCCUCGCACCCCUGCCACAACACUUACCCCAGCCCCCAACAUCAAGGAAUGGGCAAUGGACUGUACCACCACCAACGGGGCAUGGUGGGAGGCGGCACAGGUGGCAGCUACUAUGGUAGCUCAUACCACCAGCCUCACCCCCACGAGAGACUACCAGCUGACCUGGAUCUGGAUAUCUUCCAUGGGAGCUUGGACUGCGACGUGGAGUCCAUCCUCCUCCACGAUAUCAUGGACUCUGGAGAGGAAAUGGACUUUAACUUUGACAGCUCCCUGGCCCAGGGGAUGGGCAUCGGGAUGGGCAUGAGUGGACUGGCAGGCCCUCAGCAAGCCCACAACAACCAGAGCUGGGUGCCCGGCUGAGACAUUACCCAGAGUGCUUCAGGGCAGGCCUCAGAAAGACUCUACAACCCAGAGUGCUGCAGGCCAGCCCUCACUGCCCCUCAGAUAGACAGACUCCACCCCCUCCCCACUAACAUGUUGGGGAGCACUGUGCUUAACUGUGUUUUCCUGGACUGAAAACAGAGGAGAUGGGACAAACACUCAGUCACUCACUCCCCAUCCCUUUCUAUGUUGUGUUAUAAAAUGGCCCCGUCCUAUCCCUCCCUGCCCGGACUCCCUCUGGAGAUUCUAGCUCAUGUCACAUUGGUUUUUCUCACAUCAGCUGUAUACUGUGAUGACAAUCUCAACUGUGUAGUUGCCCAACAUUGUCCCUUUCUCAUCUACUAUCAUGAGACCUGAACUCACCAAGCACUUUAAAACAAGUGGGCCAGACUCCACAGCUCACUCACAUACAGACCUGGGUUCAAAUACUAUUCAAAAUCGUUUGCAACACUUUAUCUGGGCUUGAUUAAGUUUGCCUGGUGCAAUGGAACCAAUAGAAUUGUCGCAAAAGUGCUAACCCCGCCUAUCUUGCACUCCAGGAAGAAUACAGCAAACACUAAACGUAUUUGAAAUAUCUCAAAUGGUAUUUGGACCCAGGUCUGCUCACGUAGCAGGCAAAUUCAUGCAGAGUUUGGCUGUUUGCAAGGCGGGUACGGUAUUUGACAUAUCAUUUUGCUGAACAAAUCAAGAAAGUGCAAGAAUCAGGAUCUGUAGAUACAUUUGUGGCAUAGAUUUAUAAUGGGGUUGCUAUGCUGCUAUGCUGUAACGUUUACAGUCAGUGGGAAGCAGGAAAAAUGUCAACAAAGAUUGCUGAUUGAUUGGUUAUUUGGUCUCUUUGUCGUUGGCUCCUAUUAGGUCAAAUCAUAUUAUACAUUUUGGAAAAGACUCUUACAACGACCUGUGCCUCCUCACUGACCUAAUUGAAAACUAUAAUCUGGUACUUUACUUUACUGUGCAAGUGAAAAUGUAUGUUAUAUUAGUCGGUUGCAUUCUGUCAUUAUGUUAAUUUUAUUAAUCUUUGGAAUAAUCAGAAGACAAAAUUCAAAAUGGCGUAUCACCUUGCCUCAACCAGGGUUUCUUUUCUCUUUAACCUCUCUCUCUCUCUCUCUCUCUCUCUCUCUCCUCCCUGUCUCCCCUCUGCCAACAGAGACAAAGUGAUCAUCCCUCAGACCGACACAUUAAACUGUGCUUGAUUGAAAUUCAGCAUCUUGCUUUUAAUCUCCAAAGUGAUGCUGCAGCCAUGCAUCAUUAUUGUGAAUCUAAACGCAAAAGCCUCCCUCCCAUCCCUCCCUCUCUCUCUUUCUCUCUCUCAUCCCUUUCUCUCUCACCCCUGCAGUUGUCGCUAACGUAAUGUGCUGACUGAUAGCCGUGAUUAACGGCAAGUCAUCCUGACCUGAGGGAGACAAUGCCGUCGGUUUGUCUGUUCGGAAAGGGCACCGAUGGGAAACAAACCCCACACGAAAUAAGUACACAGGUCGAUAAUAGGUCAAAAGCAAGAUAAUCAUAUGAUCAUGUCCCUUUCCCCAUCCUUUUUGGGCGUGUGUGUCUUAAACGGGUAGUGUAUUUGUGUCGUAAGUCAUCAGCAUCGUCAUCGUCAUCUGUAUUUUUGUGUUCCCUUGCACAUGUUAUGAGGUCGUUUGACUGUGCUUUGGGCCUGGUGGAAGUUUGAGUUGAACUGGUUCUCUGAUAUAAGGUACUGUACAUAUAGGCGGAGAGGGGUAGAAAAGACUACAAAAACAAUCAGCUAAUCAGAUUGGCAUUCAUCUCUGUCAGACAGGGUUGUUGUUCCUUCCUACAUUCCUUCCACACAUCUCCACAUUCAGCGUGUUUCUUUUGUCGUCGUUCUCGCUUGUUGUUGUCGUUGUAAUGUUGACGUUCUAAAGGGACAUACAGGGACAGGGUGUACAUGGUGAUGUGUGAAAGCAGAUAUCGGGAUUGUGACCCCCCCACCCCCCCUCCACAGCCUAUACUCUAGGCUACACCCGCCCCCAUGAAUUGGACCAAUGUGUCUGUGUGUAUGUGGGGAGUCUGUUUACUGUAGCUCUAGCCACCACACUCUGGUUCCACACAAAGCCUCGGGAGAGGAGAGAGCCCUGGAUCAUGUUCAUUAGAGCACAUCAUUGCGAACCGUCUUAAAGCGCUUUGAAACAGAAACCGAAAAUGAAUGUUUCUUAUUGGACAAAGUCCAGGUUGUCCCGCCCUGAUUCAAUCCGUUUUUGUUCGUUUGAUGCAUGACCCAGCUCUCCUGGCUCCCUCAGUAGACACACUCUGCUGUGGACUGUACUGAGUACUUCUAACAGGCAUGGCCUAAAAUGUACACCGUACCAGGGAUUUCCUAACAUGUACACUGUACCAGGAGCAUAUCAUUACAGCCAAAGGUCAAGUGUGGCACACACUAUCAGGUCCUAUCCUCGAGAUCAACAUCCUUAUUCUAGGAUGUCGUCUCUUGUACAAUCUCAGUCUGUAAAGUAUGUGUGGAAGGUCGUUGCGAAAGGACCCCUGGGUAGGGCUAUGUUAUAACCUGCGCUAAAACGGUUUAGUGAUGCCCCGAUAUUGGAAAAUAGAGUUAUAUAUAAUAUCACAUUUUAGCAUACUUUUAUCAUACACAUAUUUAUUUAUGAAAGAAGUGGGUCUUUUUCACCUCUCAGUGUUGUGGUUUGUGAGCCAACUCCCAUUUCCCUCCCAUUUUUUUUGUCUUUGUUUCCGCGUCACACAUCCUUUACAGUUGUAAGGAUUUUUAUUUUGUACAAAAAUCUAUAUAUUGAGGAUAUUGUAUAAUAGUUUUUAAACUCAAAAAGAAAAUAUUAAUUUUGUUGUCUAUUUCUUUUUUUAAGAGAAUGUAUCUUAUCAU